AUGUCUGCUCGCCCAAUAUCACAUUGCCUUCGCGCUCGCUCUCUUUUCCGCCAGUCCCAGAACGUUCAGGGCUUUUCCACUCGAAGCAGCCUCCGUGGCGGCACGGGUCAUGGUGACCAUUACGAUCCCCCGACCGGAUGGCUUUUCGGUAUCAAGCCAGGCCAGAAGUAUGUGAAGGAAGGAUGGGAGACCAUGUGGUAUUAUGGAUUCAUCGGUAGUCUUCUCGCCGCUGGAGUCGCAUAUGUUUUCAAGCCAGACACUUCGAUACAAACCUGGGCUUUGGAAGAAGCACGACGGAGGCUGGAAGCCGAAGGGAUCUUGGAGGAUCCCGACAAGGUCAAGAAGUAA